UUGGACAGGAGCUGUCAGUCGUCUGCGGGCGAAGGGCACGGAUGUGGUAACACUUGUGAAAUUGGGUCGUAACUAAAAUUUAGAACAAAUUUUCACCUGAAAGCCCGAACAAUGCACCGAUAGGAGGCACCUUCUCAUUAUUUUGCGUGUCACCAUCUAGGAUUAACUCGGGAAUGAGUGAAAGGAGGAAAACCUGCAGCUCUGCGAGGAACAGGAGUCGUUUUUGAUCAGGUUUCACAACAAAACUUACCCAAACCUCGCUGUUUUGGCGACUUUAACAGUUCGUUUUCUCAAUAGAUUCCAUGGAUGAGGGAGAUUCCUGAGCAGAGAAGAUGACAUCGGAGGCUGCUGUCUCCACACCCCCCACCAUGACCAGCAGCACACCUGCCAAGAGGGACUACCACUUUAUUCGCUCCUUUGUAGCUGGAGGUGUAGCAGGAUGCUGUGCCAAGACUUCUAUAGCCCCUCUGGAUAGAGUCAAGAUACUUCUUCAAGGCCAGAGCCCUCAUUACAAACAUCUGGGAGUGUUCUCCACUCUCACAGCCGUGCCAAAGAAAGAAGGAUUCCUUGGCUUGUACAAGGGGAAUGGGGCAAUGAUGGUCAGGAUAUUUCCUUAUGGGGCCAUUCAGUUCAUGGCUUUUGACAAAUAUAAAAAGCUGCUGAGUAAACAGAUUGGGAUUUCAGGACACAUCCACCGCCUCAUGGCAGGAUCAAUGGCAGGGAUGAGUGCGGUGAUAUGCACCUACCCUCUUGAUGUGAUCCGAGCCAGGCUGGCCUUCCAGGUGACGGGAGACCACCGCUACUCUGGAAUUGCCAAUGUUUUCCAGUCUAUCUACCGCACGGAGGGGGUCGCAGGCUUUUACAGGGGGCUUACUCCAACACUAAUUGGAAUGGCGCCUUAUGCAGGUCUUUCUUUCUUCACCUUUGGCACCCUUAAGAGUCUCGGCCUCAAACACUUCCCAGAGCAGCUGGGACGGCCGUCGUCAGACAACCCCGACGUUCACGUUCUGAAAUUCUACGUCAACCUGCUGUGCGGAGGGGUUGCCGGUGCCUUUGCUCAGACCGUCUCGUACCCCUUGGAUGUGGCGAGAAGAAGAAUGCAGUUAGGCACCGUACUGCCUGACUCGGAUAAAUGCGGAUCACCGAUCCAAACCCUGAAGUAUGUGUACAGGCAGUAUGGCAUCAAAAAGGGGCUGUACAGAGGACUCUCUCUCAACUACAUCCGCUGCGUACCCUCCCAGGCCAUGGCUUUCACCACCUACGAGAUCAUGAAGCAGGUCCUCCACCUGAACUAGUCCGCUGGGUUCCGGACACUCCGAUCAUGAGCUGACCGUCAUCAGUGUUCCCUCCAUAGAGUGACCUCAGGUCCACCCGCUUCGUCUUAACUUCGUCUUAUUGGAGGCACCAGGGGAGCUGGUUCAUGCUUAGGAGGGAAAGUGGGUCUAAAAUAGGGAGCCGCUCAGUUUCUGUCUUCUUUUAUUCACUCUCACCACUGCUUAAGAGAUAAAAAAACAAACAAAUUAGUAGAUUUCCACCGACAGAGGCCAAACUUAACAACCCUCUGCUUGUGUGGAGGCCCCCUGCGGCACUCAGUACACAUAUCUUCGCAUGAGUUUUCUUUUUCUUUUUUUUCUUUUUCUUUCUCCUUUUCUCCUUAUUUAAUUUUAUUCAUUUUUAAGCUUGAAAUAAUAAAAGUUGCUUAAAAGAGUUUAUACAUUAAUACUUAUAUUCCUCUGUCUCAUUAGUUUCUACAGCUGCAUGUUUUGUUUAAUGUUGACCAUGUUUUCUUUUUACUGACUUAGUUUAGUGUGUGCAGGAGCUGUAAUGAUUUGGUUUGCUUGAUCUUUCUUUUCUUUUUACUGUGCAAAAGCUUUAGGACUGGGUGCCGUUUUUUCUCCUCUGCCUCUCUUUUUGUUUGCCUUUUUUAAGUACACAACCGCUUUAGUUGAGAAGAGCCUCCCUGUUUACUGUCAGACCCUAAAUGGCAGCAUUUUCUUUCUCAAAGGCUGAAAAACUUUGCUUUCUGUGCUGCUUAAUGUGCACUUACUGUGAGUGUUUCGGCCGUGGCUUUGAUGAUGUUGAACUAUGAAUGUCCCUGAUAUUUUUUUGAUAUUUGUUCCACACAUCUGGAGCGACACAUUUGUCGGAUGGAACUCAGGUGGAAUUUGCACUGUAGCUUCUUAUUUAUUGAUUUUAGUGAGAUAUUGCCACUGGAUGGCAGCAUUGAUGCAAAAUUUUUGCCAUCAGACAAAAUAAUACAAAUUUCCUCCUUUUUUCAUCCUGUAUUCAUCAGUUUUUUUGUUUUUUUUUUAAUCUAUUUUUACUUUGUUUAGGCAAGGCAGUUUGCAAGCUCAUAGUUCAGCAAAACCAUUUGAAGGACUUGCUGGAGCUCUUUGUCGGCAGUGUCCCAGGAAAACUGAGCACUGGUCAACAGUACAAUGCUCUUCAGUUCCUCCCAUCCUAGGCCUUCAAGUCUUAUAUUCUCUUUAUCCAAGGUUACUCUUAACCUGUUGUGUGUUUCUGCUUGUUCUUUUUGACUUUACCACAUGGAAUAUUCGCUAAAUCGAUUAGAAUCUUUAAAUCUUAAAAAGAUCUAAUUUUAAAAAACGUGGCCGACACACUUGUUUGGCCUUGUGAGCCUCCAGAAUCGGCUUCCUAUGAGCACUGAUCAAACAGGAAUACUUUCUAUCUUCUUUAAAUAUUGCUUUU